AUGAGCACGGAAGAUUUUAUCGGCACCCAAGGCAACUCCUACGGCGGCGGCGGCGCAUACGCUUCCGCUGCCUUGGCCUCGGUCGAUGCUCUGCCGUACGCGUGCGGGUCCAGCAAUGGCUACGGCCACAACGGACUGACCAUACGAGAAGCCUGUGAGGCUGCAGGCCGGGGUGACGGCAGCGGUCACUGCGUGGACGACAGUGAGAUCUCUGUCCGUGGUCCGGCGGGGGCAUGGAAUAAGUCACCGCUUUCUCAGGACGACCGGUCUGUGCCGCCCGUGAAAGUUCAGUCCUUCGAGGAGGUGCGAGAGCCGGGCAGCCCAGUCGCCGGGGGAGCGGAGAUGAGCGGAGCGUUCCCUCGCGAGAUCCAGGCGGAGUUCAGGCAAGCGCAGGACUUGUCAUUUCAUGGGCACAGGCCUCGGCUGGGAGAGCAUCAGCUGCGUUACAAAAAUAAUACACGGCGGGCUGGUCAGGCCUACACCUGGCCACUGGCUUUGGAGGGCAAGGACGUUAUUGGCAUUGCAGCCACAGGUAGCGGCAAAACACUGGCAUUCCUUUUGCCAGCGUUCUGCGAGAUGUCGCCGACGCGUGAGCUGGCGCAGCAGACCGAGCAGGAGGCCGAUCGCUUUGGCAAGUGCAUCAACUUUAACGUCGUAGCCAUGUAUGGUGGCUCGCCAAAGCAGGACCAGAUCAGAAAAUACCGCUAUGGAGUCCACACCAUCGUCGCGUGUCCAGGUCGGCUCAAUGACUUCCUGGAGGGCGGCCAGGUUCGACUGGACGGCGUCAUGUGUCUUGUUCUGGACGAAGCGGACCGAAUGCUGGACAUGGGCUUCGAACCUCAGAUUAGGAAGAUCCUGGCGAGGAUUCCGCGGAAUCGCCACACCAUGUUCUUCACGGCAACCUGGCCAAGAGAGGUUAGAAACCUGGCUGCAGACAUCCUGUACCACCCCUACAAGGUCAUGAUCGGGAAUCGUGAUGAAUUGAAGGGCAAUCAGGACAUCAUCCAGCAGGUCAAGGUCGUCGAUGGAUACAGCAAGGAGAGAGCGAUCGUAGACCUCCUCAACGAGGCCGGGCUCAUGGACCGGUAUGGCCAGGGCAAGGCCUUGGUCUUUGCCGGCACAAAGCGGGAGUGCGAGCGGCUCUCCAACAGCCUCUACAGAGCGGGAGUCCCGUGUUCCUCGAUCCACGGCGACAAGGAUCAACGCCAGCGAGACGAAGCGCUGAACGGCUUGAAAUCCGGGAAGCUGAAGGUCCUCGUGGCGACUGACGUGGCAGCGAGAGGGCUUGACAUCAAGGGGGUUGGCCUAGUGGUCAAUUAUGAUGCCGCAAACAACACGGAGGACUAUGUGCACCGGAUUGGCCGAACUGGCCGUGCUGGCUGCAAGGGCUUUGCCGUCACUUUCCUGGAUAGAAGAGCGGACGCGGGGAAGGCGAAAGGCAUUAUGGAGGUCAUGCAGCGCACCAAUCAGCCCGUGCCCGCCGACCUGCGAGACAUGGUGCCCGGCCCAGGCUGGCUCUGCGCGAGAAGAACGCGGAGGGCGCUGGGGUCUACGCCUGAGUUUCUUGAGAUCUCCGAAGAUUCCGAAGUCAGCAGGGAUUUGCACAGCCUUGCGGAGCUGAAGACACCCAGGUCUGAUGCGGUUGUGGAGGAUCCUGUGUCAGCCCGUGUCGCUGAGGAGGACGGGGCGGUGGCGGAGGUGGCCGUGGAGGUGACAGCUGGAAAGGCGGUGGCGGUGGCGGUGGUGGUGGAGGUGCUAUCAGAGGAUGGGCCAUGCUCCAGCAUCAAAGUUUCAAGUGACAUUGCUGUUGGCAGUGAGCCGAGGGGGGCGGCAGCCGAGGGCGCAGCCGUGAAGCCCGAGGCGGUGGUGAGCGGCCAGUUUUGCCGUGCCGGAGGUGUCAGGGCUGAUGGCCUCACAAUGUGGUUUGCAUCGCAACUUCGACGAACUUGGAUUGCAGACUCUCAAACCUACCGGCCCAGCACGCCCGAGAUUGGAAAUGCGGAGCUGCAACCUGGUCAGGUUGUUGACGGCAAGGUUUUGGCGACAAGUCGCGUGCAGAGGGCCACUAGGCUCUUCCCAAAAGCGGCUGCAGGCCAUGGCUGCGCCGAGAAUGCAGCCUGCCUGAUCAUGGCUGUUGAGGCCGCUUCGCGGCAGCUCGGCCGCAAACGCACGGCGAUCCUCCUCCUCACCAUCGCCUUAAGCGUUUUGCUUGGCGAGCAAAGCUUCGCCGUGCCGCCGACCACGCAAACGCGGACAACGGCCGGCAUCGAGGGCGUCGCGGAGCCUCUUCCGACCUCCUCGUUCGGAAACUUUGCCGGCAGAAGCUUCAAGUCUUCUCGACCGCAGGACAAAGUGCCAGAUGAUGCGCGUGCAACAGAUGCAGUCUCCUUGGCCUUGGCAGCGGCGGGCUGCGCAGUCGCCAUGCGAGCAGCCUCCGAGGCGUCGGAGGCGGCAGCGGAGGAGCCGACAGAGAGCAAGAAGGAGAAGAGCUUAAUGGACAAGUUCGGCGUGAUCGUCUACAUCGUGUUGUGGUAUGCCUUUAACAUUGGCUACAACAUCUACAAUAAGAAAGCAUUGAUUUCGUACCCCUUCCCCUGGGCGUGCGCACUUUGGCAGAUGUCCUUCGGAUGGCUGAUUUUUGUGCCUCUUUGGAUCCUUCGUAUCCGCAAGACUCCGAAGCUCUCCGUUUCCCAAGCCGUGACGCUGGCGCCCUCUGCGGUGGGUCACCUGGCGACGCACGUGGGUGCGGUUAUCGCCUUCUUUGCUGGGGCGGUCUCCUUUGGCCACAUCGUGAAGGCCUCUGAGCCGGUGGUCUCCUCCUUCCUGAAUUUCGCCUUCCUGGGCGAGGUGAUGCCUUGGCAAGUGUACGCUUCUCUGCUUCCCAUCAUCGGUGGUGUUGGCCUGGCAAGCGCUUCGGAGCUGUCCUUCAACUGGCUGUGCUUCGGGGCCGCCAUGGGCUCGAACUUGGGAUCUGCAUCCCGUGCAGUCUACAGCAAGAAGGUCAUGAGCGGGGGCGACAUUGGUGAGAACAUGGACUCAGCGAACGUGUACGCAGUUCUGACCAUCAUGGCGACCUUCAUGCUGAUCCCAAUCUCCCUCCUCAUUGAGGGGCCAAGCGCCAUGCUGAAAGGCUUCAAGAUUGCCUACUCCGCAGGAGGCAUGUCCUUCAUGUGGCAGAUGAUCCUUAGUGGCUUCUACUACUACAUGUACAACGAGGUAGCAUUCCUGGCGUUGGGCAAGCUGGACCCCGUGUCCCACGCCGUGUGCAACACCAUGAAGCGAGUAGUGAUCAUCAUCACUGCCAUCUUCGUCUUCCGGAAUCCGGUGACGGGCCUGGGCGUGCUGGGCAGCAGCAUUGCCAUCCUAGGCACUCUGAUCUACUCCCUGGCCAAGAACAAGUACGCGAAGCCGCUGCUGUCCUCCCGAAAGCACUGUGCGAACAUCUCCUUAGCCAGCCAAACGGACCAGUUCGGGGGAUCGCAUGCGGCAAUGGGACUCGACGAAGAGUAUAUCAGCAAGGACUUCCGGGUCAACCCUGCCCGGCUGAGAGAUUCGCUUCGCGACUUCAACGGCAUUGGGUACAAAGUGGUGGCCAAGGUGGGCAAUCGCCUUCUGAGCAUCUGGGCGGGAGAUCGCACGGAGUACUCGCUGGGUGCGACCAUCAGGGACGAAGCCGGGCCAAACCACUCUGGUGGCUUGUACGUCUGCCGCACCCAGGCAGCCGCACUCCGGCAUCGAGUGCCCGCGAGACGCGGGGGCUUGUUCUUUGCCCCACGACUGCUGUUGCGCUGCCGGUGCGAGGGACCGUUCGUGGAGUACCCGGGCGGCAAAAUCGCGUGCUCGGCCUUGACGCCGAUUGAUGUUCAGGCCAUUCCCCCAGGUUACCUGCACACGUCGCCGCAGCGCGCGGCAGCAGUGUUUUCUGCAGCCGCAGGGGUUGGCCCCAGCGAAGGUAUGCGUGGCGAGACGACAGCGCUGGAGGCCGAGGUGGCCGAGCUCGAACGUCGCCUUGGCUAUCGCUAG